CACAGUGAAUCCCCUGCGAAACCCAAUCCGGCUUCUCAAGAAGCUGCAUGGCUCCAACAAAGUCGUGCGAAGCGGAACCACCACCACUACUACCAAAUCGCACCUCACGAACCACAUCCCAACAAUUCCCGAUCCCGAUUCUCCAGCCUGGGUAGCAAAAACCACGCCUUGCUCCGAGCUCCAACGCCUUACACCGACUCGCCGACCGAGGCCACCUUCACGGCACGUAACGUACCAACCAACCAACCACACGCACGCCCACAUCCAUCAUCCAGGCGCUCAAACUAUACACGCAUACGCGCACAUAUACACAGACAGCAGCAUGGCCAACCUCGGCAUCCAAUCACCGACCCGGCAAACGGCCGCCUUUCACCUACCCUCGUCGUCCUCUUCCUCGGCCGCCAGCGACGACGACGAUGCCCCGCUGCCCUUCCCUGCCGCCCUUCCCCGAUCCGACUUCCUCGCCCCAGACUUCCACCCGGCAAACUACCUCUCCGCCCUGCCGCACCGCCACCAGACCCUCGAUGACCUGAAGGCCGAGCUACGCGACCGCAGCGCCGCCAUCAGCGCUGAGCUGCUCGAGCUCGUCAACGGCAACUACACCGCCUUCCUGUCGCUCGGCAGCGAGCUGCGCGGCGGCGACGAGAGGGUUGAGAGCGUCCGCGUCGCCAUGCUCGGCUUCCGGAGGGCCGUCGAAGAGAUCAAGGCAAGGGUACGCACGAGGAGCGAGGAGGUCCAGGGGCUGAGCGGCGAUUUGAGGGAGGUGAGGAGGGGGAUCGAGGCGGGGAGGAAGAUGCUGGAGCUGGACGAGCGGGUAUCUGCGCUCGAGGAGCACCUCGCGCUGGCGAGCUUGCCUGGGAAGGCCUCGCCGGACGAUGAGGACGACGAAUGGGAUGCGGAUGACAGCGAAGAGGAUGAGGAGGAUGGGGAGGAGGGCGGCGCUGGUGGGCUCGUGGCGAGCAGUCCCGCAAAGCUGGCGGGCUUUGCGCAGGACUUCUGCAUCAUCGAAGCCCUGGCAGAUGCCAUCGGACGUGAAGUCCAGUUCGUCGUCAAGACGGAGGCGCGCAUGACGAGGUGUCGAAACACCAUCCUCCUCGACCUCGGAACGGCAAUGAAGGAGGCGCGGAAGGCAGGGAAUAAGGGCCAGGCGAGAGUAGUCAAGUACCUCGGCCUUUACGGAUUGUUGAACGCCCAGGCAGAGGCGAUCAAGGCCCUCAAGAGCAGCUGAGUGUGGAGGCCGCUCUUUGGCGGACACAUGGAAAGGAAGCCCCCGCUGGCAAGAACAACAAGUAGCGAUGCAUAUGAUACCCCCUCCUCGGAUCUCCGACAUGUUCUAAAGCGCUAUGCCACUUUUUUUGAUACACGUGUAAUAAACAACAUAUGAUACAUUUUGAUCUUACCCCCCCCCCCCCCCCCCCCCC